AUGGGUUGGUAGGGGCAGGGAUUCGCACCUUUAGAGACGACGAAGAGUUAAACAGAGGAGAGGAUAUCUCUUCAGGACUGAUGGAAGCCAUUAAAGAUUCUAGGAUUGCCAUUAUCAUCUUUUCUGAGAAAUACGCUUGUUCGACCUGGUGCCUUAGUGAGCUGGCGAAGAUCGUCGAAUGCUAUGAAGAUGGCAGAAUGGAAAAGGCUAUGCCUGUUUUCUACAAGGUGGAACCAUCGGAUGUCAGGCAUCAGCGUAACACUUAUGAGAAGACAUUUAAGAAACACGAAAAACGUUUCAAGAAGGAGAUGGGGAAGGUCAAGACGUGGAGGGCUGCUCUCACAAAAACUGCGAAUUUGUCAGGGUGGGAUCUAAAAAAUGUUGCUAAUGGGCAUGAGGGGAAGCUUAUACAGCUAAUUGCUAAAGAUGUGUUGACAAUAGUGAACCCGAAAUACCUCAAGGUUGCAGAAUAUCCAACUGGGUUAGAUUCCCACAUUGAGAACCUAUGUUGUUUGGUAAGUGAUGGCGGAUCAGAUGUUGUUCACAUCAUAGGGAUAUACGGUUCUAGUGGAAUAGGUAAGACAACUAUAGCAAAGGCCGUUUAUAACGACAUGCUUACAGAGUUUCAAAGUUGCAGCUUUCUUUUUAGUGUUAGAUCAGUGGUUCUAAGCCAACAGAAUGGUUUAGCUGGCUUACAGAAACAACUUAUCUCUGAUGUUUUAAAGAUAGACGUCAUAGGCAUAGACAAUGAGGAUCAAGGAAUCAUUUUUAUCAAAGAACGUCUACGCCAUAGAAGAGUUCUUAUUGUUCUUGACGACAUAGAGGAAAGUGAACAAUUCUAUAAAUUGGUUGGAGGGUGUGGUUCCUUUGGUCCGGGAAGUCGAAUCAUCGUAACAACUAGAGAUAAACAUUUGCUAAAAAAGUUGAAAGUGGAUGAAAAAUAUAAAUAUAGAGUCGAUACAAUGAAUCAAAAUGAAUCCCUUGAACUUUUCAGUUGUCAUGCCUUUGGACAAAGGCAUCCAUUAGAAGACUAUGUGCAGCUCUCAGAAGAUGUAAUACAUUAUGCAGGAGGCCUUCCGUUAGCUCUUGUGAUUUUGGGCUCUCGUCUAAACCAGAGAAGUCAAGUUGAGUGGGAAAGGGAAUUGGAGAAAUUAAGCAACAUACCCAAUGAUCGGAUUUUAGAAGCACUUGAAAUAAGUUAUAAUGCAUUAGAUAAAUUUGACCAGAGCAUGUUCCUUGAUAUAUCAUGCUUUUUAAUUGGAAAGGACAAAGACAAAGCAACUAAAAUUCUAGAGGCUUGUGGUCGGGGUGGAGAAGUUGGAAUUAAACUUCUCACGGAGAGGUCUUUGGUAACAAUUGAUGAAGGUAACAAGCUAUGUAUGCAUGAGCUGAAUCGAGAUAUGGUAAGGGAAAUUGUUCGUAGACAGUCUCCUCAGAAGCCUGGAGAGCGUAGUAGAUUGUGGGACCUUGACGAUGCCCUUGAUGUAAUGAUAAACCUCACAGGAACUGAUGCAAUUGAAGGCCUUCAAUUAGACUUGUGGAAACAUAGAGGUGAAGUCCGGUUGACCACUGCAGGAUUUUCUAAAAUGCAUAAUCUAAUAUUACUCGAAGUUGAUAGUGAAGGGGCCACCACCAAAAUACAUCCAGAAACUUCUCAACAGGAGUGUUUCAGAUACUUGGCUUGUUUUAGAUGGAAAGGAUUCCCUUUGGAAUAUAUACCAAAUGAUUUUCAUCUGGGAAACCUUGUUAUUCUUGACAUGCAGUAUAGCAAACUCAAAAAAGUUUGGAAGGUGACCAAGGUAUGUGACAAUUUUGUUCAGUUUUCCUUUGUGUUUGACCUUUUUUUUUUUUUUUUUUUUCAAUCAUAUAUAAUCUGUGGAAACUAAUU